AUGAUCAACUUCUCGAGUGCUGGCGUCUCUCUCUCUCUCACCAAGCUACGCAUGGACGCUGACUUGUUCGCUAAUAUCACCAGGCGUCGUGACUUGAUGAAACGCUGCGCCACGUUUGACCGCAUUUUCGGUACAUCCACGUCCCUUUCAUUUCGAGCAGUGCCACUUGCCUGUACAGUACCAAGGUGUACCGAAGGUCUGAAUCUCAGCGCAGUGCCCGUCGUGGAUGACGAGAUUGGGGAGGAGGCCGAUCGCACCACUGUCGUCUUUGCUGUUCUCGCCGUCGUUGCUACCCUCCUCCUCGCAGAGCAAUACAACUACCAAAAGAAGAAGGCCGGCCUUCCAGGUCCCAAGUGGACCAUCCCUGUCAUCGGCAAGUUUGCCGAUUCGCUCCACCCAUCGCUCGAAAAGUACCAAGAGGGCUGGAACUCUGGUCCUCUCAGCGUAGCUAGCGUCUUCAACAUCUUCAUCGUUAUCGCCUCUUCCAACGAGUACGCUCGCAAGAUCCUCAACAGCCCUACCUACGCCGAGCCAUGCCUCGUCGCUUCUGCCAAGAAGGUGCUUUGCCCUGACAACUGGGUGUUCCUCAACGGCAAGACGCACGUCGACUACCGCAAGGGGCUCAACACGCUCUUUACCCGCAAGGCUCUUGGUAUCUACCUCGGCAUCCAGGAGACCAUUUACAAACGCUACUUUGACGAAUGGCUCGCCGACGCCAACCCCAACCCUCAGCCAUACAUGAUGAAGUUCCGUGACCUCAACAUGGAGACCUCGCUUCGCGUAUUCUGCGGCAACUACAUCUCGGACGAGGGUGCCAAGGAGAUCUCGGACAACUACUGGCUCAUCACCGUCGCGCUCGAGCUUGUCAACUUCCCCUUCGCUUUCCCCGGCACCAAGGUGUACAAUGCCAUCAAGGCUCGCAAGACCGCCAUGAAGUGGUUUGAGCUGACUGCUCGCGAGAGCAAGAAGCGCAUGGCGGACGGCGAAGAGGUCACCUGUCUCACGGAUGCUUGGAUCAAGGCCAUGAUCGACGCUCGUCUGCAGAAGGAGAACGCCGAUCUCGAGGCCGAGACCCGCCGCGUGUUGGUGCGCGACUUUUCGGACCGCGAGAUCGGUAUGGUGCUGCUCAGCUUCCUUUUUGCAUCCCAAGACGCCAUGUCGUCUGGUCUCACCUACCUUUUGCAGCACGUCGCUGACCGACCCGAGAUCCUGCGCAAGGUGCGUGAGGAGCAGUACCGCAUCCGUGGCGACGACGUCAACGCCCCCCUCACCUACGACGCCAUCGAGCAGAUGGACUACACCAAAGCCGUCGUCAAGGAAUCCCUCCGUGUCAAGCCGCCCGUCAUCAUGGUGCCCUACCUCAACCACAAGGAUUUCCCUAUCGACAAGAACUACACCGUUCCCAAGGGAAGCAUGGUCAUCCCCAGUUUCUGGAACUCGUUGCACGAUGCCAACGUCUACCCUAACCCCGACGAGUUCAAGCCCGAGCGAUGGCUCGACGAGGCCGACCCGGCGCAGAAGAACCCCAAGAACUACCUCGUCUUUGGCAGCGGUCCUCACAACUGCAUCGGUCAGCAGUACGCCAACAUGCACCUCACCGCCGUGUUGGGAACUGCGAGUGUGCUCAUGAACUGGGAGCACGAGAUCACACCGCUCAGCGAAAAGGUAGAGGUGAUUGCCACCAUCUUCCCCAAGGACGGUGCUAGGAUGAAGUUCUCGCGCCGUGCCGCUCCCGCCCCCGGCACCGCUCCCGAGGUCGCUGCGCGCGCUUAA